AUGUCCUCCCACCAAGGCGGCACCCUCUCCGAAAUGGCUCAAAAGGGCACAACCAUCCCCAACGACGCCGGCAAACAAAACACCAUUCCCUCCGUGCCGCGCCCCGAACAACGAUCCGAGAACCCCGGCUUCGAUAACCAGGGUCUCGGCCAGCCUUCUUCGGCCUUUGCGGCUGAUAAUGAAGCUACUUUGCCCCGGGGGCCGAGUGAUCCCGGUAUGACUGGGGAGGUUGUUACUGGGACGGGGAAUACGUUGCCGGCGGAGGGGGAGUCGAAGUUUAAUCAGGUUGGGACGGAUCGGCCGGGUGUUAGGGGGGAUACGAGGAAUUUGAAGCAUGGGACUGUUAAGGGAGGGGUUUUUGGGGAUGAUGUAUAA